UUUACGACAUAUCGCAAACAUACACAGCAAUGUCAUGUCAUGGUUUACUGCUAAUGGCUAUUUUUGAUUUUGUUAUUUUUUGUCUUGGAUAAACCGUAAACGAAAAGCCAAUAAUAUUAUAGUACCCAACGCAAAGACUACUAGCUAGCUACUUGACUGGGAAAACUUGAUUAAAUUUGUGUGUUUCGAGCAGUUGAGCGAGCAAAGACGCUGACAAUCUUUAACCAGCCUGUUUCUGGUAACUAGCGUUAGCUAUAUUUAGCUUGUUAGCCCAAGCUCCAUAGCCGUGCAGAUAGAGCUCGAGAGCGGUGCUUUGGCUUGUCAAUUGCCGUAUGGAUUGAGGUCGGACGCUACGCUACUUGUUGAGACGCGCUGCAAGCUAACUUGUUAGCUAACAUACUAGGUAGAAGGCUGCAUCUGACUAGCUGUGCGAAUUGGUCUCAUUGAAACACAGAAUAAUUUGUGCUAGCUAGCUGUUUGUAGAGUCGCGGCUAGCGAGAAGGGGGUCUGAUACCCAUCUAGCUAACCAUGCUAUGUUAUUGUUAGCCUCCUAGCUAUCCAUUUUACGGAUUGAUUAGUUGGAUACCGUUGGUCAACAUAAAGUGCGAUGUUGACCACAGCCAACUGUUAUAUUGCAAACUAGUUAGCUAACAUGAACAUUUAUUAAUUUUUUUUCAUUCGUGAAAUAAGUCGCUGUGCACUUUAUUUGACAGUUGUCGAACGUUACUUUACAUGGUAACUUUGCAUCUGAUGCUAUUUCAUAGUUUAUAGUUUGUUUCAGGUUAACUAGCUAGUUAACGUUGCAUUGGAUUUUAUUUUCCGGAUGUAAAAUCAUCGACGCCAGUGUUUUUGUCAUUAUUGUUUACUAUCCGUGAAUCUUAGGCUUAGUUAACAGAUCCAAUGGAAGAAAUAACCGUAGGUAGGAACCGCCACACCAAGCAGCGCAAGGAGCGGGGCAAGGUGGCGGACGAGGCCGAGACAUGGAGGACUCAAAGGCGCAUGGACGCGCCCGAGUAUGGAAAGGGCUACGGCUCUACACCUGAGCGAGGCUUUUCCCGUAAGAGGGGUGGUGCGGGCGGCUUUAGUCUCAGUCCUAGGAGAGGAGGCUAUGGACCGCUGAGUGUCAGCCCUGGACAGCGGCCUCCUGGCGAGUUUAUGGACGGGUUCAGGAAGUUCCCCACUCCUGAGAGCCGCCAGGGCCCAGAGGAGAACUGGAGAGACCGCACGUUUGUGUCGGACAACCACAGGAAAAAGGCCUUUUUCAAGGAGGAAGGGGAGCAGCAUGCUGCCAGGUUGGAGUCCACCAUGGAGCCGGCCAACCAGGAGACACCCAGCUCUACCGGAUCAGGCGGGCGCAGGCUUCGGCAGCGGGACCGGAGGAGGGUGCAGGGGGAGCAGGACGCCCCGGUGAUUGACGAGUCUGCGCUCAGCGAGGAGCAGCUGCUGGCGCUCAGGCAGGCUGAGAGUCGCAUCGGCCGGGAGUACGUCUACCGCCUGGAGAAGCGGUCCCGGAGCAGUCCCAAUGCCAGGUACAGGUGUUCCCUCUGUGAGCUGCUGCUGGACUCGGUCCCUGCCGCCCACAAACACAUCCGGGAGAAGUGGCACAAGAAGAGGGUCCGGGAGAGGCGGGAGGAGCUGAUGCUGGCGGAGAUCUUGCCCCCCACGGAGCUGCAGGUUGGAGCCGUGGAGGUGGCCCUGGAGCAGGAGGUGCUGGCGGUCGGGCUGAGUGAGGAGGAUGUGAAGACGAGGCGCCACAUCCUGUCUUCCAUGCAGGAGGUGAUCAGAGCCACACUGCCAGAUUGUUCGUUGAGGUUAUAUGGAUCUUCUUGCACUAAAUUUGGUUUCAAGGACUCAGAUGUCAACAUAGAUAUCCAGUUUCCUUCCCACAUGCAUCAGCCAGAUGUGCUUCUCAUGGUCCAGGACAGUCUCUCUAACAGCUCCCUGUACAGAGACCUCCAGGCUGAUUUCCACGCCCGGGUCCCUGUGCUCAUCUGCCAAGAAAAGGCCAGCGGGCUCAUCUGUAAGGUGAGCGCCGGAAACGAAAACGCCUACCUGACGACCACGUACCUGUCCGCGCUGGUCGAGCAGGAGCCCCGCCUCCUGCCGCUGGUGGUCAGCCUCCGACGCUGGGCACAGAUCUGCCACGUGGACCAGCCAGAGGAGGGGGGCCUGCCCCCAUACGUCCUGGCCCUCAUGGUCAUCUACUUCCUGCAGCAGCGCAGAGAACCUGUCCUGCCCGCCUACCUGGGCACCUGGAUUAAGGAGUUCUCUCUGAGCAGGCUGGGGGAUUUCAGACUGACAGGGCUAGAGGCGGGCUCUGUGCUGUGGGAGUAUUGCCCCGCCCCUGAGCAGGCCACGCCCCCCACAGAGCGCUGCUUCAGACAGGACAAGGCACCCCUGCUCUUCCCAGCUGAGAGGCGGACCUCCGUCAGGGUGGGGCAGCUGUGGCUGGAGAUGCUGCGUUUCUAUUCGCUGGAGUACCACAUGGCCGGUCACGUGAUCAGCGUCCGCACCGACUGCCUGCUGACCCGCGAGGCUCGAGACUGGCCCAAAAACAGGAUCGCCAUCGAGGAUCCGUUUUCGGUGAAGAGGAACGUGGCCGGAACAGUGAACAGCCAGCUGAUGUUCAGCUAUAUCCUCCACUGCCUGAAAGCCACCUACAAGUACUUCGGCCUGCCCCACCCCGCCAAUCACAAGCCGCUCUCGCAGCGGCGGGCCAAUCGCGGGGCGGAGGGCGUGGCCCUGUGCGAGGAGGGCCCGGACGACCUGGGGCUGGGCGGCCUGGCGGUGACGUCAGACGACGGCGGGGGGGCCGGCCGCGGCUCGGACUGCGUGAUCGAGGAGGAGGUGAUCGAGGAGGAGGUGAUCGAGGAGACGGAGGAGAGCGAGGACGUGGACCCCACACACCUCCCCUACUUCCCGCAGGAGGCGGAGCCCGAGAGCCUGUCGGACUCCGAGGGGCCCGCGCCCGAGCGGGACAGCGAGGACCGGCCGGGGAACCGGCCGGACGAGGAGGAGGAGGAGGAGGAGGAGGAGGAAGAUGAGGAGGAAGGAGGAGGAGGAGUGGCGUUUCGGCAGUGCCUCUUGGACAGCCUCAGUCCCGAGGAGAUGUUCCCCCUGGACACUGUGUCAGCGGAGGAGCUGCUUUCCGAGGGGGAGGGGCCGGGGGACACGCCCAGCUCGGUCGGGGAGGAGGAGCCAGGCCCCCAGCCGGCCACUCCCGGCUCUUCCGCCGGGGAAAACGGGCGGCCCGAGAACGAAGGCCACGCCCCCGGCAGUCUGCACUACGAGUUCAGCAAGCUGGCCUUCACCCGGGGAAAGUCCCACACUCUGGUGUGCAGCCUUUGUAAGCGUGAUGGACACUUGAAGCGAGACUGUCCUGAAGAUUUCAAGAGGGUUGAGCUGGACUCUCUGCCUCCCAUGACGCCAAAAUUCCUUAAAAUACUGAACGAAGUUUGUGUUCAGUGCUACAGCGAUUUUGCUCCAGAUGAGCUGGAGGAGCGGGUUCGAGAGCACAUCCUGCAGGACCUGGAGAAGCACAUCAGAUUCCAGUUUGAAGGAGCCAAGCUGAGGCUGUUUGGUUCUUCAAAGAACGGCUUUGGGUUUAAGCAGAGCGACCUGGACAUCUGCAUGGUCCUGGAGGGUCGAGAGAGUGUCGAGGGAUUGGACUGCAUUGCCAUCAUAGACAGCCUGGCCAGGGACCUGAAGAAGCACCCAGGCUUGCGCAACAUCCUGCCCAUCACCACAGCCAAAGUGCCCAUCGUGAAGUUCUUCCAUGUGAGGACCGGUCUAGAGGGAGACAUCAGCCUCUACAACACCCUGGCUCUGCACAACACACAGCUCCUGGCGUCCUAUGCCGCCAUUGAUCCGCGGGUCAAACAGCUCUGCUACGUCAUGAAGGUGUUCUCCAAGGUGUGCGAUAUUGGGGAUGCAUCGCGGGGAAGCCUGUCCUCCUACGCCUACACCCUGAUGGUGCUGUACUUCCUACAACAGAGAGACCCGCCCGUCAUACCUGUCCUGCAAGAGAUUCACGAUGGGGAUAAGAAGCCGGAGGUGAUGGUUGACGGAUGGAAUGUUUAUUUCUUCAACAACCUGGAAGAUCUGCCCAGUCGGUGGCCUGCAUACAGGACAAACACGGAGAGCGUGGGGCAGCUGUGGUUGGGUUUGCUGUGCUUCUACACGGAGGAGUUUGACUUCAGGGAGCACGUGGUCUGCAUCCGCCGCAGGCUUCCGCUCACCACCUUCAAAAAGCAGUGGACCUCCAAAUACAUCGCCAUUGAAGAUCCUUUUGACCUGAACCAUAACCUGGGGGCAGGUCUCUCCAGGAGGAUGACCAAUUUCAUCAUGAAGGCCUUCAUCAAUGGAAGAAGAGUAUUUGGCUCUCCAGUGAAGGGUUUCCCCCCGGAGUACCCCUCCAUAAUGGAGUACUUCUUCGACCCGGAGGUGCUGACAGAGGGCGAGCUGGCUCCAAACGACCGCUGCUGUCGAAUCUGUGGGAAGAUUGGCCACUUCAUGAAGGACUGUCCACUACGCAGGAAAGUCCGGCCGCGGCGGGGCCAGGAGGACGGGCGGUGGCAGGGUGAGCAGGAGCCCCAGGACCACGCCCUGCAGCAGACAGACAGACGGAGGCAGGAGGACUGGGACACCAGAGAGAGGCGCUGUUUCCUCUGCGGCUCCCACGCCCAUAUCAAGAAGGAAUGUCCCCAACAAAGGAACCCUACAGGGACACCUUUCUCCCCUUCUGCUCCCAGUCAUCUAAAGAACCACAGAGACAAACGGGGCUCGCCUCAGCAGGAGGAAAAGAAGCAGGUGAUUUUGAGCCCUGCAGCAGGUAGUCUUGUGAGCAGGAAUAUGACUCAGGGAAGAACCUGGCAGAAGAAAAGCAGCCAGCACUAAGAGUAGCAGGAGGAGCAGAAGGAGGAGCAGAAGGAGGAGGAAGAGGAGAAGGAGCUCCACUUGGUUCUCUGUGCUGCAGGGAGACGCAGGUCUUCCAGUCCUCCACACUGAAACUGACACUGAGCCAAAGGUGUUGAUGUUUUUUUUUUUUUUUAACUCCUUUCAGUGGUGGUUUUUAUUCGCCAUCAGUGUUUUAAACCAAAGCCAUUGUUGUGCGUUUAUUUUGUUAAUUAAAUUGUCUUUUUUUUUUACGCAACAAUUGGUUAUUUUAUUUGAUUUCUUUGCACUGUGAAACUGCAUUCAUGUCCAGCAGGCACAGUAGCUUAAGUUUUGAAAGUGGAACAGCGUGUGAUGACAUGAGCUUGCAGGUCUAAGGCAUUUCUGUUGAGCGAUGGUGUGCUGUCAGAACAGGGCCGUGUCCUUUUGACUUUUGAAUAUGCGCAAGUAAUAAUCUGUUUUCCAAUAAUCAAUUCUUCAAUAUUCUGCUUCUCAAAAAAAACAUACAGUAUAAACAUAAUUAAACCACAGGUCCCCAAAACACUUGCACGCACACACACACGCAAUUAAUUCCUUUGGCCUGGCACUGUGGUCCACUAGCUGAGAGUGUGAUUGAGUGUUUGUGAACGCUUGCUUGUGCAAAAACCAAAUUAAGGAAUUAAUUCAAGUUGCUUUUCUGUACAUGAAGUAAAUUGUUGCUGGUAUCCAAAAAACUAGUUUUGCACAUGGUCUGAGAACAUUAAUACCCUUAUGGAAAUGGAAUAUUCUGCAAUAUAUUGAAGUAAACUUUGUCAUGAUCAGAACAAGAUACUGCAACAUUUCAAAAAUGUGCAUAAAUAUACGAAGAAUUGGCAUUUUCAGAUAUUGCUAAAAUGUUUUUUUUAAAUGUAUAGAUGUGGAAUAUGUCAUUUUCCAAAAAGUCAAUUUUAUAUGUUUUAUAUAUCGGUGUAUUCAAAUUCCAUAAGGGUGUUUUUUUUAUUUCUUUAAUUUAGUUAUUGUGUCAAAUGUUUAGGUGUGUUUCAAAUAAACAUUUUAAUGUCUGAUACCAGGAAUAUUGAUUUAAUUCAAAAGCGCACAGCCCUAACUGUGAGUUUGUUUUGCUGGAUGACGUUAUGGCCUCUGUGCUUUGGGUAACGAGGAGGGGCUCAAGCUCAUUUUGCUGCUAUAACUGAAUCUACUGUCUGCCAAACCUGCCCCGGAAAUAAAAGCUGUUAAAAACCUA